AGACAUACAGUACCGCUGCGAGGACCGCUACACCUGCUCACCACCAGCCCUACUAAUACAUCGUUGCUUGUAUCUAUCGCAUCCAACCAACCAGGAAUAACUUGCUCAACCCUUUACCUUUUCAAACCCUUCAAAGAAAAGAAAAGGAAAAAAGAAAAGCAGCAAUGGCAAAAGGUAUGAAGGCUUGCACCUGGAUAAUGCGCCUCUUCCAACUCUUCUUCGCCAUAAUCCUCGUAGGGGUCCUCUCCUACAUGAUCCACCAAUUCCACCGCUACGGCCUGCCCGUCCCACGGGAACUCAUAGUUCCCGAAGUCUUUUCAGUCCUAGCCAUAGUGGUAACCGGUUUCUCAAUCCUCUCCGUCUUCUUCCUCAGCUACACUCUGCAACUCGUAGCCGCCCUCUUUGACCUCACUAUGUUCGCCGGAUACCUUGCCAGCGCUAUCCUGCUAAGGCACAACUACCGCAUCUGGAUAUCCCCUCUCAGGACUAUACUCUCCUAUCCGCCAGGCCCUUUGGGCCCUCCCCACCACAUUGCCAGGAACACCGGGCUCGUGAGGUUGCUGGUUGGGUUGACUGUUAUUCAAACGGUUUUGUUCUUGAACACGACAAUCUUGAGUCUUUUUAUUGCCAAGGACACGGAGAAGAAGAAGGAAUUGGAAGAGAAGAGGGGGCAUGCUACCGCUUAAGGAGGGGUGAUUUUAACUACGAGUGAAUGGCGAUGGGUAUCGGAUUGGAUUUGGAAACUUGGAAACUUGGAAUUUGGUUGUCCAAGUUGGCUGGUUGGUUGUCGAUUUGCUGAUACCGGUGGCGCAGUAACUAUUCACGCAGUAUUAUUACUCAAUGACAUUGGUCUCCACUCA